CGGCAGAACUCGCCACUUCCGGCACUUCUCCGCAUUAUUCACAAGCACAGGAAAUUCUCCAAUUUCUUGGUGGCCUGAGGCAGAUACAUCCUGUUUGAGUCUAGCCUAAUUGAUAACUAGCUCAUUGAUAUUAAUCGUUCACUAAUCAACCCGACGUCAUCUUCUACCACCUGCGGAUGAUUUUAAUCAACUAACCUCGUUAUAAACAGCACUCAUAAUUGCUAUUUCUUUGUAAAGAUGGCCAACACAGCCUUAAUCGGAUGUACCGGAAUGGUGGGGAGCUUUAUCCUCAACAACCUUCUCGCUCAUCCCUCUGUCGCUCGUGUGGACACAAUUUCCCGCCGCACCCCGCAGGCCGCAUCUGCCGCCCAGACCAAACUGACCACAAUCGUAUCUGACGAUACAUCGCGCUGGGCCAGUGAGCUCGCCUCGCUUACUCCCACUCCAUCUAUCUUCUUUUCCUCGUUUGCCACCACUCGUGCAAGCGCCGGAGGCUUUGAAAACCAAUACAAAAUAGAACAUGGCCUGAAUGUCGAGAUGGCACGUGCAGCGCGCGAUGCUGGCACAAAGGUUUACGUUCUGAUCUCAUCCGCCGGAGCUGAUAAGAAUGCAUAUUUCGCAUAUCCCCGAAUGAAGGCUGAAAUUGAAGAAGACGUGAAGGCGCUAGGGUUUGAGAGAACCGUGAUUCUGCGUCCUGGUCUCAUUGCCGGGCAAAGAGAGGAAAGCCGGCCUAUGGAAGCUGCGGUCCGCUGUAUUGCUGGAUUUGCCGGGAAAAUACACUCUGGAUUGAAAAAUGGAUGGGCCCAGGAAGCGGAUGUUAUUGCAAGAGCCGCGGUCAACGCAGGACUCAAGGCUUUGGAAGGGGAUGUUCCUACCGGUAGUGAGAAGGUUUGGGUCCUGGGCGGUAGUGACAUUAUCAAAUAUGGAGCUGAGACAAAGAACUGAGUAAAAGGGGCAGAUGUAUAUUUUUCAUAAAUAACUAUAGUGUAGAUAAUAGUG